AUGGGGCAGCCUUGUUGGGGCUCCCGGCGGCUGGUUCCUGAAGAGACCCUGGCAGAGCCCAUGAGGCUGAGCUCGGGAGAGCUGCUGGGGCAGCAGCUCUUUGACUACGUGGCCGACUGUGCGGCUGAUUUCAUGAAGACUCGAAAGCUGGAGCACAAGAAGCUGCCGCUGGGCCUGACGUUCUCCUUCCCGUGCCAGCAGAGCAAGCUGGAGGAGGGAAUCCUGCUCUCAUGGACUAAGAAGUUCAAGGUUCGGGGCGUGCAGGACACCGACGUGGUGGGCAGCCUGACCAGGGCUCUGAGGAGGCACCAGGACAUCGACGUGGACGUGCUGGCCCUGGUCAAUGACACGGUGGCCACCAUGAUGACGUGCGCCUACGACGACCCGCGCUGCGAAGUGGGAGUCAUCAUCGGGACCGGGACGAACGCCUGCUACAUGGAGGACAUGAGCCACAUCGACCUGGUGGAGGGGGACGAGGGGCGGAUGGCCAUCAACACCGAGUGGGGAGCCUUCGGGGAGGACGGCUCCUUGGAAGACAUCCGGACCGAGUUUGACAGGGAGCUCGACCUGGGCUCCAUCAAUCCGGGGAAGCAGCUGUUCGAGAAGAUGAUUAGCGGCUUGUACAUCGGGGAGCUGGUCAGACUCAUCCUGCUGAAAAUGACCAAGGCCGGACUCCUGUUCCGGGGCGAGAAGUCCUCGGCUCUCCACACCAAGGGCAAGAUAGAGACCCGACACGUGGCUGCCAUGGAGAAGUACAAGGAGGGGCUGCAGAACACCAGAGAGAUCCUGAGCGAGCUGGGCCUGGAGCCCUCCGAAGAAGACUGCCUGGCGGUCCAGCACGUCUGCACCAUCGUGUCCUUCCGAUCGGCCAACCUCUGCGCCGCCGCCCUGGCCGCCAUCCUGAACCGCCUGCGGGAGAACAGGAGGCUGACCCGGCUCAGGACCACCGUGGGGAUGGACGGCACGCUCUACAAGACCCACCCCCAGUACCCAAAGCGCUUGCACAAAGUGGUCAGGAAGCUGGUCCCCAACUGCGACGUCCGGUUCCUCCUCUCCGAGAGCGGCAGUGCCAAGGGGGCGGCCAUGGUGACCGCCGUGGCCGCUCGGGUGCAGGCCCAGAGGAAGGUGAUCGACGAGGUGCUGGCCCUGUUCCAGCUGACCCGGGAGCACCUGGUGAGCGUGAAGAACAAGAUGAGGGCCGAGAUGGAGUACGGGCUGAAGAAGGAGACGCAGCCGCUGGCCACGGUGAAGAUGCUGCCCACCUACGUGUGCGCCAUGCCGGACGGCACAGAGAAGGGCAAAUACCUGGCCCUGGAUCUGGGGGGCACCAAUUUCCGGGUCCUGCUGGUGAAGAUCGGGAGCGGGCGGCGGUCGGUGAGGAUGUACAACAAGAUCUUCGCCAUCCCGCUGGAGAUCAUGCAGGGCACGGGGGAAGAGCUCUUUGACCACAUCGUGCAGUGCAUCGCCGACUUCCUGGACUACAUGGGCAUCAAGGGGGCCAGCAGGCUUCCUCUGGGCUUCACCUUCUCUUUCCCCUGCAAGCAGAACAGCCUGGAUAAGGGGAUCCUCGUGGAAUGGACCAAAGGGUUCAAAGCCACAGACUGUGAGGGGGAAGAUGUCGUGGACAUGCUCAGGGAAGCCAUUAAGAGAAGAAACGAAUUUGAACUGGACAUCGUAGCGGUCCUCAACGACACGGUGGGCACCAUGAUGACGUGCGCCUACGAAGACCCGGCCUGCGAGAUCGGCCUUAUCGCAGGAACAGGCAGCAACGUGUGCUACAUGGAAGAGAUGCGGAACAUCGAGCUGGUGGAAGGCGAUGAGGGGAACAUGUGCAUCAACACCGAGUGGGGGGGAUUCGGGGACAACGGCUGCCUGGACGAGAUCCGGACCCAGUACGACGCCGAAGUGGACGAGGGCUCGCUGAAUCCUGGCAAGCAGAGGUAUGAGAAGAUGACCAGCGGCAUGUACCUUGGGGAAAUCGUGAGGCAGAUUUUGAUCGACCUGACCAAGCACGGACUCUUGUUUCGAGGGCAGAUUUCGGAACGGCUCAGGACCAGAGGCAUAUUUGAAACCAAGUUCCUGUCUCAGAUUGAAAGGUAUUUCAAAGAUACUCCCCAUAUCAUGUUCUUCCUCAUCACCCUCUACUUGCCCCAGGAACAGCAAGAGAUGGUGCUUGAGUGA